UAAACAUGCGUCUACAUAUGGCCAUAUUCACACCAGGGGAAAAACCGCGCGUCCCGACGCAUCGAAACGCGCUGGUUUAAUUUUGAGCGUUUUGUACGCGGCAAAAUCUAAAAUUAAACACUGUAUUUUCCAUGUUAUUAUUCACACUGAGCGUUUUCGACGUCGCGUUUUGCAGCGUUUCAAUAUAUUUAUUCCAUUUGUCAUUGAACCAUCAUUACGACAUUACGCAUACUGACCAUAUAUUUUUUAGUUUAAACUAAAAAUUUUUAAUUAGUAAAAAGACCUAAGUGCUAAGUUUAUUAGACAAAAUGUUUGAUACAGAACUCUUUAUAAUAGAAGUGAAUAAGGAAGAAAGUAUUUGGAACAUGAAAUCAAAACUGUAUCAUGACCGUGUAGAGAAACAUGUCAGCUGGAGAAGAGUAGGGAAAGUCAUGUUCAAUGAUUUUGAAAAUCUAACUGAAAAAGAAAAAGAUGUAAAAGUUUUAGAUUUACAAAAAAAGUGGAAAAAUUUAAAAGAUAAUUUUCGUAGAAAAUGUAUUACUAAGUCUGGUAUGGCUGCUAAAAAUGCAAAAUGUUAUACUUAUGCUAAAGUAUUAGAAUUUUUGCGUCCAACAAUGGAAAACAGAAAGACUGAGAGCAAUAUUUCUAGUGAGUCUAGCAACGAAGAACAUAGUGACCAAGAUAAUGAAAGAGAAGAUGACAUAUUGAUGAUUGGCUCGAAUGAUAGUGAAGUAGAUGUCCAAUCUCCAUCAACCAGCAAAAUGUAUAAUAAAAAAAUAGAAAACUCCUUUGAAUCAAAUGAGAAUAAUAAUUUAAGAAACAACCGUCCUUACUCACCUACUAUACGUAAAAAAUUAAAAACUAAAAACAACAAAACUGAAACAUCAUUUGAAAACAAAUUGAUUUCUUAUUUACAUAAUAGACCAAAAGAAGAAACUGACCCUGACAUAUUAUUUCUAUUAUCAUUGUUGCCACAAAUUAAACAACUCUCACAGGACAAAAAAACUCAAUUAUUUAUUUAUUUUUUAAAUGGCAUUCAACAAAUAAGUCAUAUUUCUAAUAAUUUACAAACAGAUUUUCAUUCUUCACAUUCCCAAGGUUAUUCCCCAAGUCCCUCACAGACACCAUUAAACGUACUAACUGAUCCAUCUCCUAUUUCACACCAUACAUUAAAUAAUAUUAAUUCUCCUUAUCAGUAUCCUAUGUUUGCUUCUAUGCCACAGCAUUAUAUGCAAAACAAUCAAAAUAUACAAUUUUCUCAGUCUACCUAUUCUUCUGUAAAUCUCCCCCAAAAUCAGCCUAGUACUCAAACACACCACAACAAUCUUCCUAGCUAUCAUGAACAUGUUAAUUAAAAUAAUACAUAAUAUAUCUUAAAAUAUAUUUUAUACAUUGUUAUACCACAUUAUUAAGU